AUGUCGAUUGCAAAUGUUGUUGAUCAAGAAGACAUGUUGGAUAUUUACGAUGAUGUUCUUAGUGCUUCAGUAGUGGCUUCAACCACUUCCGAUGCACAUCCAUCAUCAUCAUCAUCAAAUAAUAAUAAUAAUAACAUGGGAUCAACAACAAGUACAUCCAUCGUUGGAAAUUUUGACGGAGGAUUGGAUCAAAUCAAUAGCCAAAUUAAUGAUAGACUCAAUGAUUCGACCUAUGAAGAUGAUUCUAAUGCAACACCUUCCAUUAAAAUUAGCAAUUUACAAUGGUGGACAACCGAUGUGUUUAUGGAAAAUAUUCUUCAAAAAUUUGGAAUGAUAAAAACAUUAAAAUUUGAAGAGGAAAAAAACAAUGGUAAAAGCAAAGGAAUUUUGAAUUGUGAAUUUGAUGAUAAAUUUCAAGCAAUGAAAGCCAAAGAAACUCUUAAUGGAAUGAAUAUUCAUGAUAAUGUAAUUCAAGUCGAAUAUAUAUCAAAAAUUCCAACUUCAAGGUAUUCUGUAAAUACUCAACAACAAAAUAGAAGACAAGAUUACAACAGUGGAGAUACAAAUGACAUGGAUGACCAUGAAUUUUCUGGAAGCUCAUCUCAUAGCUCAAUGAUGAAUAAUGUCAACAAUCAACAGCAACAACAACAACAGGACCACUAUUCGAGUAGAGAUUAUGAUGAUCGACAAGGCACGAGCAAAGGAUAUUACACGAGUGGAGGUGGAAUUCAGAGCUCGAGUAGUGGAAGUAGAGGAUCAUCGAGUAGUGAACGUUCUUCCUAUCGAGGAAGUGAUAGCAGAGGUGGUGGUGGAAGUGAUUAUUAUCGAUCGUCAUCAUCGUCCAGCUCCUAUCCAGACAAGAAGAGAGAUCGUAAAAAUUAUGAAACUCACACAAGCGAUGGAGGCAGACGAGAUAGAUAUGAUUCUCAUGGCUCUCGCUCUCAAAAAUCACCAAGAAGAUAUGGAAAAUCAUCCUAUUAUUGA